UUGAAAAACAACAGGCUCAUGUUGGGGAACUCGCUCCGCCAUUUUGUCUAUACGAGGCAAUCAAAACAACGAUCCAUGCAAAAUAGAAUCUAACCCACUGCAGCAAAAUGUGAAUACCUUGAGGUGUUUUGUCCAUUUUCUGCCUGACGGGAGUUACUUGUCGUUGGUUUCUGUUGCAAUUAUCAUUAAUUAGAAAGAUUUCAUCUAAAUAUAAAUCAGCUGUCAUGGGAAGGUCCAGGAGCAGGAGCAGGUCGUCCAGUCGACAAAGACAUCGGUCGAAGCGCAAGAAAAACCGUUCGAAAUCACGUUCUGCGUCCAAAGAUCGUUCUUCCAGGCAGCGAAGCAGUCGGAUGAGGUCUAGAUCAAGAGACCGUAAGAGGUCUGCAAGAAAGCGUUCCUUUUCAUCUAGCAGUUCAGACAGUGACGAUGAUCUGAUAUUAAGAGCGAAAAAGAGAGAAGAAGAAGAAAAGAAGGCGGAAAUGGAACGUCAGCGUUUAAU